AUGGAUUCCGGGCAUGUUGCGUUCACUCUGUACAUUGGAGCAGUUCUGUUUUGUCUUUUCAAGUUCGUCUCCCACAAGAUCAACAGAGCAGCCGAACAGAAGCAGCUAUCACGCGAACAUGGCUGUCAACCUAUGCGUGUCAAGUAUCCCCACAAGGAUCCAAUUCUGGGAAUCGAUCUUUUCAUACGUAACGUCAAGGCGGUCUCCGAGCAUAAGUUCCUCCAAACCGUGACCAGAAGACAUGAAGAAGUUGGUGAGACUUAUCAGCUGAAUAUGAUGGGCACAGUUGGCAUCAUGACUCGAGACGAGGAAAUUAUUAAAACUAUUCUCUCCACACGGUUCAAAGACUACAGUCUCCACGAGGAGCGAAAGAAGGCGUUGAACCCACUGUUGGGGCAUGGCAUCUUCAGUUCUGACGGCCUCUCUUGGGCUCAUUCGCGCUCUCUUCUGCGACCUCAGUUUGCUCGCUCACAACUCAUGGACUUGUCGAUGUUGGAGAGCCAUGUCAGCUGCCUCAUGAGCCUUAUCCCUGAUGGAAAAGAAGUAGAGCUGCAAGAGCUCCUCUUACGCUUCACUAUGGACAUGGCCACCGACUUCCUCUUUGGAGAGUCUACCAAUAGCUUGCUCGCGGACCAGGAUGGCUACCACAGCAAAUUAGAGGGCUUUGCAGAGUCCGUUCAGUAUGCGCAAGACCGGAUAGCAAUACGCAUGGCGUUAGGUAGAUUGGCCUUGCUAAAGCCGGAUCUGAAGUUCAAGCAUCACGUCCGUGUGGUACACAAAUUUGUCGAUGGGCUCGUCCACAAGGCUCUGCAUGGGAACAACUCAAGCCCCAAAACACAACCGUAUAUCCUGCUGAGAGCUCUAGUUGAGGAUACACAGGACCCAAUCCGAAUCCGGGACGAGGUAAUCAAUAUUCUCAUCGCCGGACGGGAUACCACUGCCAGUCUGAUUAGCAACGUCUUUUUCCUCCUCUCAAAAAGGCCAGAACUUUGGUCCAAGUUGCGAAACGAAGUGUUGACGCAGUUUAAGCACCAGCCGCCAGCAUUCGAAGACAUACCACAAUGCAAAUACGUCCGUUAUACUAUCAAUGAAUCACUGAGGCUGUUUCCACCCGUUCCCGUUAAUUCACGAGUCGCAAAUUGUGAUACAAUCCUCCCAAGAGGAGGCGGCGUGGAGGGCAAAUCUCCCCUCUUUGUCCCAAAGGGAACCCCUGUCAUAUACAACGUGUUUGGCCUGCAUCGUAGACAAGAUGUAUACGGUCCUGAUGUCGAAGAGUUCAAGCCAUCACGGUGGGAAUCCCUGCGACUGUCCUGGGAGUUUCUUCCGUUCAAUGGGGGCCCAAGGAUCUGCAUUGGCCAGCAAUUCGCUCUAAUAGAAGCUAGCUACGUACUGAUUCGAUUUCUUCAAAAGUUUGAGACCAUUGAGUCAAAAGACGAGAGACCGUGGCAAGAGAAGAUUGCAUUAACCGUUUCUAAUCGUAAUGGAGUACAUGUCUCGUUCAAACGCUCAGAAUAG